UCAGUAACACAACAUGAAGUUCUUAGUAGUUUUCGCAGUUUUGGUGGCUUGCGCCCAUGCUGGUAGCCUAUCGAAUAUUGCCCAAAAACUAAUACCCAGUUUUGCUAGUGAUUUUGUUAUCAAGGGUCAUGAAGCAGUACCUCAUUCAGCACCGUAUAUUGUUUCAUUAAGAAAUAAUAUCAAUCUUGGUCACAAUUGCGGUGGUACUAUCAUUGCUAAAGAUUGGAUUUUGACUGCUGCCCAUUGCAUUAGUAAUCCUGUUGGCAUGGCUGUUGUUGCUGGUUUACACGAACGCACAAAUCUUGAUGAGAAGACACAAACUCGUAUUGUCGAUUGGGGAAAGGUUCAUGAAAAAUACAAUAAUGGUGUUGGUCCUUAUGAUAUUGCCAUUUUGCAUCUCUCUGAACCCUUAGAAUAUAACCAAUACGUUCAACCUGCUGCAUUGCCUGCCGUUGAAGAAAUUCACUCUGGUGAGAUUCAUUUAUAUGGUUGGGGACAGCCUAAAGCUUACAUCUUAAGUGGCGCCAAGCUUUUGCAAACUGUUGAAACUCAAAUUCUUGAAUAUGAUGCCUGCAAAGCUACUCUACCUGAAGAUGCUCCCAUCGAUGAAAGCAAUAUUUGCUCCGACUCUUUGAAAACUAGUAUUUCCGCUUGUAAUGGUGAUUCCGGUGGCCCUUUGGUCAUUGAACGUGAAGGUGCUCCCUCUGAAUUAGUCGGUAUUGUUUCCUGGGGCUAUAUUCCUUGUGGUUUAGCUAAAUUACCUUCCAUCUAUACACGUGUCUCUGCUUAUAUUGACUGGAUUGCUAAAAUCCAAAAUGCCUAUUAUGUUUUGUAUUAAAUAUUUAUCCGUUAGAUAAAGAAAUUAUGAAACAA